AUGGGACAAAACCGAAAAGAACCUGUCCCACAUGAAGAUCUGAGAGUGCUAAAAGUACUGAACCAGAAGGAGGACCGAGAUCUCCAGCGCAAACUGAAGACUUUGGACAAACAGCACAGCUACAGCCGCAGGACGCUGCAGCUGAGGAGAGAGCGGCUCGUAGCUGAGGAGAGACGGGUGAUGAUGGUCAAACUCUGCCAACCGAAAGCCACCCUCAACAUCGCUUUGAAGGAGAUAAGAGAGCACGAGGUGGCAGCGUCCCAUUUCAGGAGGAGCAUCCACACAUCUGGUGGAGCGCUGCCCUCUAACACACCUCUGUAUCCCACCAAAGGCUCCGGGCCGGCCGAGCACAGUCGCUCUGUCUCCGCACCACCGACUAGACGCAACUUUCAGAGCAGCGUGUCGUUUGUACAGAUGAAAAACAUUGCUACCAUCGACUCCAUAUCGGAAAAAGAGGUCGCCAGGCGGCGGCAGAAGGCCCGGGAUGACAUGGAGAGACGGAAGCAGCUGCAGUGGGAGACUUUGCACAAGAGGGUGGCGGCAUUCAUACAGCGGCUCAGGGACAAAGACAACAUGGAAAGCUUUGACAAAAAUACAUGA